AUGGCUUCCACACGUACUUCGCCUCGUAACCACUCGAAAGCCAAAGGCGUUGUCAGUGACAAGUCAACCAGUCUUGAAGAGACACAAACUCAGCUAAGCCACAAGGCCUCAUGGGACAGUAACUCAGUCCGAGUUUUCCUCCAGUUGAUUGCAAAUGAGAUUAGUAAAGAAAAUCGGCCAUUCUUAGUCCUCAGCCAGGCAGGGUACAAGUCGUUGUCAAGGAAAUUUCAGAGAAAAACAGGAAAAAAACAUGGACUUAAACAGUUGAAGAAUAAGUACAUGAGCUUGAAGAAAGAGUGGCAAGCGUGGACGAAGUUGAUGGAUUCAAGCAAGGGAGUGUCCGGGAUAGGCUUUGACUAUGACACCGGUUUGUUUCAGAUCAACAAGGUGUGUGCGAAGUUCAGGAAGAAAACGUUGGAACACCGUGACUUGAUUGAGACGGUUUUCAUGGGGGCAGCAGCUACUGGGAAGCACCAUUGGACCCCGGGAGAGAACCUUCCUGAAGCUGCUACGGACUCAUCUGAUUCAGUGCGUAGUUUGGGAGCCCAGCCAUUUGCUGAUCCGAUACCCACAAGAGUACAGGACGUGGAUUCUGAUUCUUCACUGGAGCAUGUGUCGAUUGAAAAGGCAAAACGGAGAAAGACGCCAUCAACAAGUGUUUCAAAGUCGAAGAAGGCAACAAGUGGUGCGUCUGUUAUUGCGGAGAGCAUGAACAGAAUGACAGAUGUGGUGCGUUCGAAGAAUCAGCAGGUCACGGUCAGGCACCUCACAGGCAACGAAUCACUGUACACUAUUUCCGAGUGUAUGCAUAAACUGAGCAGUAUUCCGUCCCUGAUUGGUACACCGUUAUUCCACUUCGCCUCCACACUUAUGGAUAACGUUGAUUACCAGGAGGUCAUGAUGUGCCAGCUUGAUGACGACCACAUCAUUGGCUGGCUUACAUAG